AUGGGCAAAGCUAACAUGCUAGUUCCUCCAAGGCACUUGUCUCAACUACUAACGGAUCCGCAAUCCUCCAUGGGGUCUCGGGAUCGAUCUUCAGUGUCGGUGCUCAGUCAAGAACCACUGAAGCCCCAAGACAGUUACACAGCUGCGAACACUGUUUGGUCUAUUGAUCAUUGCGAUUUGAAAUUAAAGGUGAAUGACACCCGCAGUAAACUGAGAAGAUUCAAUCCAAGCUUCAGACUGCUAGCGAUUAUGGGUCUGUUCGCCAUAUGGGGGUUGUUGCUUUUGUGGCACCUCCCAUCGGCUUCCUCGCUUCAGAGCGGGUUGCAGUCUAUUGCUGGCUUUUCAUCCCAGGCGUCUAGCUCAACUAGUUUGCAAGAGUUUUUCCAGCUCUAUCAGCCAAUAUCGCUCGAUUCCAGUGGAAACGACAACUGCGAUGUCGAGAUAUUGCUCAUGGAUCAUGUUUUUGGCGUCAGUUAUGGAGCGCCAUUUGUUGGCGACUAUCAGCCCCCAAAAUGCGACUUCGAUACUGUACGAAUCAAUCUCACAGUCACCUCUCGGGGAAAGCAGUUUGAUCGCCUGGCACUAAUGUACCUUGGAGACAAUGAAGUGUUCCGGACUUCAACUGCAGAGCCGACAACCAAUGGGAUUGUCUGGACUUAUGUCAAAGAAAUGUCGCAGUAUAACUCGCUAUGGAAGAAUCCCCAAAAGCUGAUAUUUGACUUGGGAAAUAUCAUUAACGAUGUUUACACCGGCUCGUUCAACGCUACGCUUACAGCGCACUUCUCUGAGGAGCAAAAUGUCAAGACGGCGGAUAUAAUUCUUCCAAUCUCUGCCAAAAAGUCAGCAUCAAACUCUUCAAGUGCCUUCCAACUUCCCAGAGAUAACACAACAGUCAUGUACGAGAUCCCCGCUGCGGCAUCGCGUGCUGUUGUGUCAAUAUCGGCAUGUGGACAAUCAGAAGAAGAGUUCUGGUGGUCCAAUGUUUUCUCUGAGGAUACCCGAGACUUUGAAAGCACUGUGGGUGCGCUAUAUGGGUACACUCCCUUUCGUGAAGUUCAGCUCUAUAUCGAUGGGAUCCUUGCCGGGCUUGUCUGGCCAUUUCCUAUUAUCUUCACGGGAGGCGUGGCUCCGGGAUUCUGGCGUCCGGUUGUCGGGACUGAUGCAUUCGAUCUUCGACAGCCGGAGGUUGAUAUUUCCCCAUUUCUUCCCAUGAUUCAAGACGGGAAGCAACAUUCGUUUGAGAUCCGGGUGACUGGUCUUAAUGUCUCGGCAGAUGGGACCACAUUUUCAAACACUGUGGGCUCAUAUUGGGUUGUCACAGGAAAUAUUUUCAUAUAUAUCGACGACAACAGCUCAGCCUCUAAAGCCACUGUCACUAGUUAUAACAACCGGCCCACCCUGGAUGCUCCCUUGCCAGUGUUUGCUGUGACUCGGAAUCUUAUCCACAAUGAUGCUGGGGGAAACGAUUCUUUGUCAUAUUCUGUGGUUGUCGAGCGGGUUUUCAGUGCAAAAUCUUCUGUGUACUCCUGGUCUCAGACACUAUCCUUCUCCAACCACGGUCUCCUCAACCAGCAAGGAUACAGUCAAGUUAACAGACAACUCAUAACUGGUAAUAACACUAUCACCGAGCUCGGAGAUACACCCAUCUCAAACAGCAUUGCAUUCCAAUAUCCCUUGGUUGUCAAUGCAACUUACGGCAUCACGUCGAAUGGGACGACAAUUGACUCUUGGAUGAAGAGAGGUCUCGAUUUUGAGGCAACAGGAGGGCUCGGUAUUUCCACUUACACCUUGACCUCGGGGCCAUCAUACCUACACACAAGUCAGUCUGGCACGGCGCAGUAUAAAUCCGUUACUGGUGGAAGCUCAACCUCUUGGGGCGACACCACCAAUGUUUUCGACAGUCAGAGUAAUGGGCGAUCAUACCAUCGAUCUGUUCAUGCAAUCAAUGGUACCGUUGUAGAUGACACUCAUCCUGAAGGCAAGACCUCAGCGUCUUCGCCACAAGAUCAUGGGGAUACUGGGAGAGAUAGUGUGAGAGCUAUAAUUGGAAAAGGACCUGGAGCUCUUAUAAACUAG